GCACACCAAAUCCAUGUAAGCACGACGGAAAGUGCGCAGUGAUGAAAACUGGAUAUGAGUGUUCUUGCAAGUGUCGAUAUUCAGGAAAACAAUGUGAAGAAGACCGCUGUAAGUCAAAUCAGUGUUAUAAUGGAGGAACAUGCGAUGUAGCUAACGGCAGGAUUGCUUGCAGAUGUAAAGAACCAUAUUCAGGAAAUCGUUGCGAAAAAGAUCCCUGCAGUUCAAAUCCAUGUAAACACGAUGGAAAGUGUAAAGUGACAAGUACUGGAUACGAGUGUUUUUGUGAAUCACCAUAUUCAGGAAAACAAUGUGAAAAGGAUCUCUGCGAAUUAAAUCCGUGUAAAAAUGGAGGAACAUGCUGUGCAGUCAACGGUAUUGCUGCUUGCAAUUGCAAAGAGCCAUAUUCAGGAAAACUUUGCGAGAAAGAAUGCGAGUGCAUUAACGGGAAAUGUGUUUUGAAUGAAAACGGGAGAAAAGUCUGUCAGUGUCCACCAGAAUACGGACUCUCUACACCAACAAUGUGCGAAAAAUGUAAUUGCGGGAAAGAAGCCAGUUGCACCUUUGAUAAGGAUAAGGGUAAAACAUGCAUUUGCAAAGAAGGUUACAGGCUAGUGCCUUUAGGUUUCUGUACAGGUCCUUGUGCGCCGAAUCCAUGCGAAAACGGAGGAACCUGCAUUGAUAUUCCCGAUUCUUAUAAAUGUGUGUGUCCUAAUAGAUUACACUGGUCUGAAAUGUGAAAUGAAAGAUCUCUGUUCUUCAAAUCCAUGUAAACACGACGGAAAGUGUACAGUGACAAGUAAUGGAUAUGAGUGUUCUUGUGAAUCUCCAUACUCAGGAAAACAAUGUGAACAAAAUCUUUGCGAAUCGAACCCGUGUAAAAAUGAAGGAAUAUGCUAUGCAGAUAACGGUAUUGUUGCUUGUAAAUGCAAAGAACCCUAUUCAGGAAACCUUUGCGAGAAGGAUUCAAGUACAACGAACUCUGGUGUUGCAAGUUCUACCGAAAUUCCUUUUAAAACCACGGAGUCUUCAACGUUGCCAGAUGACAGU